AUGUACAGUUUUCCAACUAGAAGGGAAAGAGAUUAUAAGGAGGUGGAUAGUUGUCUGAGAAAGAAGCGGUGUGCUGAGAGAACGCCUUCCUUUGGUGACUCCAGCUCCGCGGAUACACUUGUCAACGAUAAUUUAGAGCCUUACUAUGGCUCGUCUCGUCGAGAUGAAAAGGCGCUUCGUCUUUCUGCGGGCGGUGAAAUCUCCGACGAUGAUGUGCGCGAUGACAUGUCCUUGAGUGAUAGCGCGUCUGACCCUCCCACACUCGAGGAAGAAUAUGUAAUCGAACCUACUGGCUCUGGGAUUGCUCAGAGAAGCUCUUCGGAAGCCUACAAAGGCGUUGAAAGCGGUCCCUCAGCUGGUGUUCGACAGAUAGUCAAAGAAACAUCAGCUGCUAACGUAGCUACAACAGUCGUUCAAACGGCGCAAAUUCCUGCUGCAGGCAGUCAGGAGAAGCCGAUUGUCUCUCAAGAAGUGUCCGGUCGCACUCUCCAAAGAAACGGAGCAACAACAAUCAGCCAAUCCAUUACGCUGCCAACUCAGAAUUGGACUAUGCCGGCCAAUUCAAAGAACAAGCAACACGACAGUUGUCUUCAAUCUAGUCAAUAUCUUCAUUGCAGCAGCUCUGAUGAAUCAGAUGAUGACAACAGCGACUUAAACAGUCGAAUCAGCGCACGCAAAGUAAUAAAAGAAAGGGCGUUCCCUAAUUCUGAGCCAGCUUUUAAAAAAAGAUUCGGUUUUGGUUUUGAAGCAUUUUCAUUGAAUCCUUUCAGCAAGCCUUCUCUAGUUGUGAAUUCAAGUCUAAAUGAUGCCGAUACGCAAGUCAUUGAGAAAUUUAAUAUUUGGCUGUUGUCUUCUCCGUUUCAGAUUUGGGUCACUAAAGUGGGGGAUAACCCACCUUAUGCUAUUUGCAAAUUCGACAACUGUAGACGCAAAUUUACUUUUCAAGGCAAUUCUACUUCAUUUAACAUCGCGAAGCAUCUUAAGCGGCAACAUGAGGCUGACUAUGAGCUGUACCAGAAAAUUUUGAGACGUAGCCAAAGAACUCUCGAAUCUUCCUCGUCUGCUUCUUCAAAUCACGAAGGACCGUCCGGGUUAACGAAGAGACUUCUUCAAUUUCUGUCCGUCCAUAAGCUAACGCUUAGUCAAUUGAAUGUUUUCAUUGAAGGAUUCAUCCCGUUCAGCUUGGUUGAAUCGCAUGCCAUGGGUGUAUUUCUGAAGUCCCUUAACACAUCCGAUUGCCCGACUUUAUUGUCAAGUGAAGAACUUGUAAGCCUUUUGAGAGAAUAUGAAAUCGAGCUCAACAAUCAGUUAAAGCAUACCAUGAGUUAUUCUUCAAAUUUCAACAUUUUGAUUGACAUGUGGACGUCGUCUAGCCAAAAAAGCUACCUGGCUGUCUUGGUUUCCUUCUGUCCUAACGUGAAUGGAAAUUUACGACUGAGAAAAGUCGAUGUGACAACUCGUGGAAAGUGCGACACGCAUUUGCUAGACUUCAUAGACUUGAGCGAUCAGCGGCACGCCGGUGAUUACUUAAAAACUGCCUUAUUGGCAUGUCUAUCCAAAUAUGCUAUUAGUCACAAAGUUGGUAGCAUAACCUUGAGUAUUGGGUCGAAUAAUACCUCGAUUCUUGAGAAUCUAGACUCAGACCUCGAGCUAGGAUUUAGCAAUAGCGGUGUUAGGCGCGUUGUCAAGAUUAGGUGUAUGACUCAUGUGUUGAACCAGGUCUUCGCAGAUUUGUUUCAGAGAAUCGAAGAACGUUACUCUUCGUUGCUGUCAAGAAUCGACAAACUUGCUGAUCUCAUUAAAAGCAACAUCCACAUUCGCGAAAAGAUUCGCGCUUAUAUUCCAUGCUUGAUCCCAAGGCGUAAUCAAACAAGGUCCCUUUCACGCUAUCGUCAACUCGAAGUCUUUCUUAAAGUUUGGAAGGGUGCGAAGGAGUUCUUUCUAGAGAGUCGAUUUGAUCAUGAUUAUCAGCUUACGCCAGAUCAUUGCUCGACAUUUUGUUAUGAACAGAAAGAAAUAGAAACCGUCACAUUCGUUCUACGCUUGACGCGUAUUUUCGAAGAGUUAACGACGCUGUUACAAGGUGAGGCUACCUGCUCUCUCAUCAAUGGAAUUGAGUACUACAUGAAUUUAGGUCAAUAUUACGAUUUCGUUGAGAAAUUGUUAAGUGGCUCAGAGGACAUCCAGUUGUUAAAAAAUCUCGGACUCAAACCGACACAUUUGCCAUCCAAGGAAAUAAGGGAUAAAAUACUCGGUUUUUUUUUGAGCUCGCGUCCCAAGUUUGAAAAGUACAGGACGAUUGCUUACAAUGAGCCCGGCUAUUGGGUGGCUCAUAUUUUGCAACCCUAUCUUAAAGCAGACCGGUUGAACAGAGUUUUCGAAAAAUCUUUCAGAGAUGAAGUUCUCGAGUUGGCUGAAAAAUACGUUACAAAUUAUUGUAAACUAUUCUCCGAGACGUUUGAGAGUAGUCACGAUAAUAAGGCAGCGGCUUCUAAAGUUAACUAUAGCCAAAACAGAAAAAGCAAAUAUAUGGAGAUCAUGAGUCAAUACUUCGAUAGGAAUUCAGGAAAUGACGACAGUUUGGUUCAAGAUGAAUGGCAAUUAUAUCUCAGGGAACCCGCUGAGAAAGGCCAGUUUUACGUGGACUAUUGGCUAACAAACCAAGGCCGUUUCCCUGCCCUUUCCUCAUUAGCCCUUUCCUUCUACAAUACCAAGUUAUCGACAGCCGAUGUAGAGAGGUGCUUUUCCGUAAGCAGGCGGGUUCUCGACAGUAGAUUUUCGUUGGCGAGCGCAAAUCUUAGAAGCACAAUGAUGAUACGCAAUCGAUUGAAAUGUUUCAAUUUGAGCUCAGAAAUGCAUGUUGCCGAAGACAUUCCAAUAGAAUCAUGGAUCGUGGAUGAGGAAGACAACGGCUCAUGGAAUGACGGGUUUAUGGAAUCGAAUAAUGCUCACGAUGUAGAGCUGUCUUCCAGCGACGGAAGCGAUAAUGAAUGA